CGGCCCCGACGCUUCCGGGAGGUCACUUCCUCCCCGUCUCCUAGCAACGGUUGGAAGCGUUGUUGACAUCGUGGGAGGCUGCGGCGCCGGACUGAGCCCGGAGUCUCGCCGCCCGCGCGAUGGCAGAGGUGGAGGAAACCCUAAAGCGGAUCCAGAGCCAUAAGGGGGUUAUUGGAAAUAUGGUUGUAAAUGCAGAAGGUAUUCCUAUCCGAACAACCUUGGACAACUCGACCACAGUUCAAUACGCGGGUCUGCUUCAUCAGCUGACAAUGAAAGCCCGGAGCACGGUCCGCGACAUCGAUCCUCAGAACGACCUCACUUUUCUCAGGAUCAGAUCAAAGAAACAUGAAAUCAUGGUAGCGCCAGAUAAGGAAUAUCUUCUGAUUGUCAUUCAGAAUCCGUGUGAAUAGACCUGCAGCGGCGGCCAAGGAUGUCCUAGUGACAUGGGAUUGGAACACUUUCCUAUGUGAUGAUUACUAAAAUUGUAUUCCAAUCCAGCUGACUCUUUGGACAUUCUUUUCUACGUUUGCAUUUAAACUAUUCUACCUGUCUCAUUUAGUCCCUUUUAGUUGUAUUGUGUAUUGUAUUGUACUUUUGCUAUAUAAUAAAUGAAUUCUGGUA